AGUAACCAUUUUUAUUUUUUUUUAUCUUUCUCACUUUCUCUCUUCCGCUUUUGCUUCUGCUUCUGCUUUGUAUCUCUGUAACAGUUAACUCCUUUUUCUGUAUGCUUUUUAUCCGUUUUUUCAUAUCCUCUGCCUCAAAAUCUUUAGCGCUUACAUUGUCAGAUAGAUACCCGAAUUUUAUGUACCUUUCUCCUGGAUUAGUUUAUUGAUGAUCAAGUGUUUUUAACUCUGUUGACCUCUGAUUUUGAAGCUUGAACUUCGCUUCAGGGGUUCAUCUAUUUAUCUUAUUCUUGCUACAUAUUUGUUUUUUCUUUCCCCUAGUGGAUCGACUCAUGACACACGAACAAGAAUUCUAGUUUUUCAACUAGUAAUAAUUUUGAAACAUGAGUACAAUAAGUUUCCCAGGUCAAUCUGAGGCGUGAACUAUUUUGUUUUAUUUUCUAUCUGAUCCCCACCCUUUACUAUAGAGGUCAUGUUCUGUUUCUUAAUUGGCCAGUUUUGAUGUCUUUGGUAUUUGUAUUUACGGGAAGAAAGAAAAUACCAAUGCAAAUGGAAUUCUAAAUGGAAAAUUGCAUAUUCUUGAUGAUCUGUUUUUCGUCACAGGAUAAGUCAACUCAAUCAAUACAAUACUUUGCUUAAUAUGGCGGCUGAGAAGUCAAACAUUGCAAAAGAUGUGACUGAAUUAAUUGGCAAAACUCCAUUGGUAUAUCUCAACCACAUCGUGGAUGGUUGUGUUGCCAAAGUUGCUGCCAAGCUUGAAAUGAUGGAACCUUGCUCCAGUGUCAAAGACAGGAUAGGAUAUAGCAUGAUUGUAGACGCUGAGGAGAAAGGACUCAUCACACCGGGUGAAAGUGUCCUCAUUGAACCUACCAGUGGAAACACUGGCAUAGGUUUGGCAUUCAUGGCAGCUGCUAAGGGUUAUAAACUUAUUAUAACCAUGCCUUCUUCGAUGAGUCUUGAAAGAAGAACCAUUCUUCGUGCUUUUGGAGCUGAGUUAGUUCUCACUGAUCCCGCCAAGGGUAUGAAAGGAGCUGUUCAGAAGGCAGAAGAGAUAAGGGAUAAGACUCCCAAUUCUUAUAUGCUUCAGCAAUUUGAAAAUCCUGCCAACCCAAAGGUCCAUUAUGAAACCACUGGACCAGAGAUCUGGAAGGGCUCUAGUGGGAAGGUUGAUGCUCUUGUCUCUGGGAUUGGGACUGGAGGUACAGUAACAGGUGCUGGAAAAUAUCUGAAAGAGCAGAAUCCUGAUAUAAAGCUAUAUGGCAUUGAACCAGUAGAAAGUCCAAUACUGUCUGGAGGAAAACCCGGCCCUCAUAAGAUCCAAGGAAUUGGUGCUGGCUUCAUCCCUGGUGUUCUGGAUGUUGAUUUACUUGAUGAAGUUGUUCAAAUUUCAAGUGAAGAAGCUAUUGAAACUGCUAAGCUUCUUGCAUUGAAAGAAGGUUUACUGGUGGGAAUAUCAUCUGGUGCUGCUGCAGCUGCUGCAGUUAAGAUAGCGAAGAGGCCAGAAAAUGCUGGAAAACUCAUUGUUGCGGUCUUCCCAAGUUUUGGAGAGCGUUAUCUAUCGUCUGUGCUCUUUGAAUCCGUGAAGCGAGAAGCAGAGAGCUUGGUCUUUGAGCCUUGAAUGUCAAGUCAUACGAGCCAUUUGCUGCUUCUCAAGUUGCAUUCUGUCCUUGGGUUGUGUAUAUAUUUUUUCUCUUAUGGAUCUAAAAAAUAAAAAGGAUUUCUGUUUGCUUGUUAAUUGACUAAGAUUCAAUAAAAAUAUAGUAGUUUGCUGAAAUGUUCAAACUCGCUCAUAAUUUGUAGAUCAUGAUGCCGCGAACUCAUGCUUGUACUAUUUUAUUUACUAGUUAAAUUUUGCUUCUUAAAACUUGUAAUGGAGAAAACACUAUUACUUAUUAA